AUGUCUUUCCGAGCUUAUGCUGGAGAGGCUACAGUACUUAAUGAGUUGACCCCUCUCUUAUCAUCAGGCAUAGUUAACAUUUGGAACUUGGGAGUUAUGCUCUGGGACCUGUUCUAUGGCCGCGGACCCUUCGACAUACCCUCGGACUCACGUGCCUCUGAAUAUUCAGAGGAAGUCCAUAUGGGUCAGAUUAUCUCUCUGCUAGGACCACCUCCGCCAGAUUUCCUCCAUAAAGGAAACGAAACAUCUCGAUAUUUCGAUGCUCAAAGGCAAUUCAAAUUCCCCGAGCUUACUAGUGGCAAGGGCCUGGUCUUCAUGGCUAAAGAAAUCGAUGAAGAUAAUGAUACGCCGCAAUUUGUUGAUUUCAUUUCAAGGAUGCUGCGCUGGAAGCCAGAGGACCGUGAAACGGCAAAAGACUUAUUUCUACAUCUUUGGCUGCCGCAAACUUUAAAAGCCUAA